GACCAGGACAGUGAUAUUUGGAAAUUUACCUAUUUUCCAGAACAUUCCAGAUAGAUUCAGUGCUGAGUAAACUUGGAGUAACUUCUAGAACUUUCCAGUAAUAUAAAUAGUAGUAUAAAUACAGGGGCCUUAAGCCCACCAGUUCAGUUUAGUUCCAGCUGCCUAAGUGGAUACAUAUCUGCAUUUUUCUGAGAUGGCAUCAAGAGGCUGCAAGCAUCCGGCAGACGCAUUUUGCUAUGUCUGCGGCCAAUUUAUCAAGACAAGAGCGAAAAAGUACUCCGUGGAAGCAUCUGCUAAGAUGUGUGAGGCCUACAAGACAUAUUUUGGCAUGCCUGUCGGGGAUCAAGACAAACCCUGGGCACCUCAUUUCACCUGCGAGCACUGCAAAAAACUCUGGAAGGAUGGUACAGAGGGGAAAAGAGAGCCAUGAAGUUCGCUAUCCCAAGAAUUUGGCGGGAACCCACUGACCACUCAAGCAACUGCUACUUCUGCAUGGUGGACCCUUCCAAGCGGACCGAGUUCUCUGUGGGGAGGAACAACGUCAAGUGGGAGCCACUGGUGGACCCCCGGAAGGUGCUGAUGCCACCACUGCACAUCAAAUUGGGCCUUAUGAAACAAUUUGUCAGAGCUCUAGAUAAGGAGUCGGCAGCCUUCAAGUACCUUCAAGACUUCUUCCCUAAGCUGUCUGAGGCAAAAGUCAAAGCCGGUGUCUUUGUCGGACCACAGAUAAAGAAGAUCCUGGAGUGCAAGGAAUUCUCCAAGAAGCUCACUAGUAAGGAGAAAGCGGCUUGGAACAGCUUUGUCGCAGUGGUUUGGGGCUUCCUGGGCAAUCACAAGGCCCAAAACUAUGUGGAGCUGGUUGAGACUCUGGUGAAGAACUAUGGCACAAUGGGCUGUAGGAUGUCCCUCAAAGUCCAUAUCCUUGAUGCUCAUCUUGGUAAAUUCAAGGAGAACAUGGGAGCGUACUCGGAGGAGCAAGGCGAGCGCUUCCACCAGGAUAUACUGGACUUUGAAUGCCGCUACCAAGGACAGUAUAACGAGAACAUGAUGGGAGACUACAUUUGGGGGCUGAUUCGUGAAAGUGAUUUACAGUAUAAUCGUAAAUCUCGAAAAACUACUCAUUUUUGUAUUACUUUAGUAUUGGUACAUGUUAAUUUGGAUUCAUAUGUUGUUUUUUUCUGACUUUAUGUGAACGAAGA